AUGGAUAUCUUUAAAGAAGAAUCUGAUGAUUUUCAAAAUUAUCAAAAAUUAUUAGCAGAAAAGGAAUUUUUUCAAAAAAAGUAUAACCAAAUAAGAAAAGAAUUUUUUUUAUUUCAACAACUAUUCGAACCAUAUCAACUAAAUGUAGAAAGAAAAGAACAAAAACUACAAAACCAACAAGAUGGUCAAUCUGAAUUAAUUACUGAAUUAAAAAGUCAAUUAGAAGUGGAAUCCUCUCAGAAAUAUGAACUAUUCAAACAAAUUAAAACAAUGUAUGAAAUGGUACCAUUAUUAAAAAAUAAAUUAGACUCUAAAGAAAAUGAACUUAAAAUAUUAAAAUUAAAACAUGAAGAGUUGGAAUUGGAUUUAAAACUAUUAUUAGAAGAGAAUGAAAAACUAAAGGAUGCUAACCAACAAGAAAAAGAAAAAAGAGAUAUUAUAAAGGAUAGUAAAUAA